UCCAAAUUUAACAGACCAUAUUCCAUGGCUUUAAUAUCUCCUGUUUCAUCACCUAAUGGAAAAAUCUUUAACCAAAAACUUUAUGCCAGAAUUAGAGUAGCCACUGAAUCAGAUGUACCACACAUAUACAAACUCAUGCAACAAUUAUUUGUCUAUCACAACAUCAUUCAUCUCUUAAAAUCAACUCAAUCCUCCAUUGCCUCUGGGCUAUUUAAACCCAAAUUCACCAAUAUUAGUCCUGUGACAACACUUCUAGUCGAAGUAUCUGCUAAUCCUUUUCCAUCUUGUCCCACUGGUAAUGUGAAGGAAGUUGAACUUAACUUGCCCCUCGUAGAUAAGGAGUCAGAGCAGUUCAGAGUUAUCAAAGAUGAUCAUGACGAUGUAUUUAUAGCUGGAUUUGUCAUGUUUUACCCAUGUUUUUCGAGUUUCUUUGAGAAACCAGUCUUCCAUAUGGAGAACUUUUUUCUAAGAGAGUGUUAUAAGAGGAAAGGGUUUGGAAAAUGGUUGUUUUCUACCAUGGCAUCUGAGGCUGCAAGAAUGGGGUUAUCUUCCGUUAAUUGGGAUGCUUCAGAUUGGGAUGAAAGUGCACUUGAGUUUUACAAACAAAUGGGUGCUACCAUUUCUGGUGGUCUUAGGAAUUUGAGUUUGGCUGGUAACGCUCUUGAAGCAUUUGAUGAUGAUAGUAACUGACUAAUUAUAUCUUCUUUCGAUGGUUGUUACCUAUGACUAUGGUAUUGUAUUGUACUGUUACGUAUUGGUGAUGGUAUGUCACGUUGCAAUCAUUCCGGCCAGUCCAUUUCCUAAACCAUGGGUAAGGGAUGACAGAAGACGG